GUGGUCAAUCAAACUUGCGUUGAGAUGUGUGACGGCUCACUGUUCGUCUCUACUCCACAUUGUUGUAUUAUUCGGUUUAAAAAAUUAACUUUCACUUUUUGUGUUAUGCGACUCUCAAAAAGUUCACUUAAUAUGUUGUGAGCAAUCUUAUUGGAUUCUAAUUAUUGUUUCGUGAGACCUUCAUGUCAUAGAAUGAAAUCUGAAAUGGCAUAUAAAAAUUGUUGUGUAGUGUUUAUAAUUUUUGCUUUAGCGAUAGUCCAAGUGGUCGGUUACGACACGGAACUGUACGAAUCGACGCCUUGCGACAGCGACAGCAAUGUGUGCUUCGAAGAGCUCCACGGGGCCCUGGGCGACUGCUCUUGUAAUGUAGACACUAUAGACUACUUUAAUAACGUGAAAAUAUUUCCCCGCAUACAGAGCUUGGUAAGCAAAGACUAUUUUCGCUUCUACAAGGUAAAUUUGAAGAAAGAAUGCCCUUUUUGGGCAGACGAUAGCCGAUGUGCCAUGAAAUACUGUCAUAUCAAAACUUGUACAAAGGAAAGUGUACCUGGAUACGAAAAUGGGUAUGAAAAUGAGAUCUUAGAUGAAACACCAGCUAGCAAAUACUCUAAAGAGGCUCAAUCUAACUGUAAUUCUGAUUCUGAUCAUGACCCGGAUCUGGGUUACUUGAAUAUGACUAUUAGUGCAGCCAGUCAGUAUGAAAUUGCGAAGUGGAAAGCCCAUGAUGAUGCUCUUGAAAACUUCUGUGAAUGCGACGACAAGGAUGCCGAGGCGGAGUACGUGGACUUGUCUCUGAACCCCGAAAGAUACACAGGAUACAAGGGCCCUUCAGCACACAGAAUUUGGAGAAGCAUAUAUCAGGAAAAUUGCUUCCGUCCCAAGGUUAAUCCUUAUGAAUCAUUCCCAUAUGUUUUGAGUACCGAUUUGAGUAAUAUGUGCUUAGAGAAAAGGGUGUUUUAUAGAGCAGUUUCUGGCAUGCAUACCAGCAUUAAUAUUCAUUUGUGCUCCAAGUACCUCCUGGCCGAAAAAGCAGUUGGUUUUGUGGCUUCCCCAGAAGGUGAAUGGGGACCGAACCUUGAAGAAUUCCAGCGUCGCUUUGACCCCUCGCAGACACUAGGCGAAAGCCCUAAUUGGCUGAAAAAUCUAUAUUUUGUUUAUUUAUUAGAAAUGAGAGCUUUAGCCAAAGCGGGUCCGUACUUCGAAAGAGAGGAAUAUUAUACAGGCAAUCCCACAGAAGACGAGGAGACUAGAGAAGCGAUUAGAAAUAUGCUUGGUGUCAUCUACAGCUUCCCUGACCAUUUCAAUGAGUCCUCAAUGUUCAACGGAGGCAGCCAAGCUGCUAAACUGAAAGUAGAGUUCCGCGAGCACUUCCGUAACAUAUCAAGGAUCAUGGAUUGUGUGGGAUGUGAUAAAUGUAAGCUGUGGGGGAAGUUGCAGACCCAGGGGCUCGGCACAGCCUUGAAGAUAUUAUUCUCAGGCAAAUGGGAUGGUCCGGAGGAUGACCCAGAGCAGGGCAGGUUGCCGCUGCGGCAUAAAGCUCAUGAAAGGUUGCAGAGAACUGAGAUUGUGGCAUUAUUCAAUGCCUUUGCUAGACUUUCUAACAGUAUUAGGGAACUUGAAAACUUCCGGAACAUGCUCAGCUCGCAAAAAGAGACACCGAAGCAAAAUAUAUUUGGCGGCGCUAGAGAUUCGAGUGACAAGAGUAAGGUGAAGGAACAUUGCGCUUCCAGCGGGGCGAAGCCACAAAUUUGGAGCUAGAAUGACAAUUUUUUGUGUAAAUGUAUAUAGAUUACGAAUUUUUUGUAAUAUUGGCGUAAGAAAAGUGAGUCACGAUCUCAUGAUGUACGGGUAAUUGAUAAUGUACCUAAGCACAGGUUUAAAUACCAGUCUAAAGAUAAGAUUUCUUAAUAAUUUAGAGAUUUGAAGUACAAUUUAUGUUAAGGUAACUACUAACUUGUUUGUCUGAAAUAUAAAACAACAAUUCCUGAAGAAGAACGUUUUGGAUUGUGUAAAUUCUUGAUAUAUAAAGACAUAGGUUGUCAGUUAUCAGAAAGUAACUAGAGGAAAACAACAGUGGAUUCUAUAUCUGCGGAGAAAACCCUCACGUCAGCUAUAAAAGUAAUUUCUCUUAUCUUGCCUACAACAAGCCAGCAGCCGUUAUCGAUUGUAAAAGCGACUAAUUGCAUUUAAUUGCAUAAGUAAUAUUGCUAGUAGAAAACUGGAGAAUUUUUCAAUUUCGAAUCAUAACAUUUGUUUCAUACAUUAAAUAACAUUAACAAUCAAUAAACAUGCUCUUUGAUUUAAGACCAAGUCCAUGCAACUUAGCACACUUGGCAUUUUGUUCACCGUACUUUUUUUACGCCAGUAUUAUGUUGAUCAUCACAAAACUAAUUUAUUUAUAUCCAGUGACGUGUUGAGCUUAUUUAUAAUGCAAGGUAAAGCCGAAUAUAGUGUUUAUGAGAAUAUAAUGAUUACCUCAGACCCACCCACUUGAAUGUCAUAAUAAAUAUCUACAAAUACAUCCAAGUUCCAUAUCUUGAAUCAAUAUUUGCAACAUUAGUUUCCUAGACAGAAUGAGUAUUAACGUAAUAGUUUAUAUUGCAUAACUAUUUUAAUUUGACGAUGAUUUUACAAAUACAUCCAAGUUCCAUAUCUUGAAUCAAUAUUUGCAACAUUAGUUUCCUAGACAGAAUGAGUAUUAACGUAAUCGUUUAGAUUGCAUAACUAUUUUAAUUUGACGAUGAUUUUUCAUUUGCUCAGUGCAGCUGCAGACGUACUUAUGACAAUCGUUAAAAGAAUACUACUAGGUACUACGUAAGUACGUAGAUACGUACGUACUACGUACAGCGACAGUCUAUGUUACUUACACAAACAUGUACAGCACAAUACUAAUUGCUGUUAUUGUUGCGCUACGAACUACGACAUUAUGAGAAUAACAUUUCUCUUUAGCCACAGUUACACCUGAGAUCAUAAUACUUAAUGUAGAUUCUUAGAUCUCUGGAGUUUCAUUUAAUUCCCGAAUAUUAAGGGAUUAAUAUAAUUUCAGAAUCAUCUUGCAAUUCUAGUGGAUAUUUGUUCACUUGAGUUAUUUAUUGUAAAAUGAACUUAAUCUUAAACAAUAUAUUCGGCUAUACCUCAUUUUUAUCUUUGUACUAAGUAGUAGUAAGAAUCAUCAAUUAAAAUGAAAUAAUGCGAGGAAUCUACAUUUGGUUACAUGCAAUUGUUCGUGUACUCGUAUUUCCUUUAAACCGAAUUUUAAUAUAUUUCAAUUUUGGACCAAAAUUAUUUUACCACAUUAUUUAGAUCAUAAGAUUUAUAACAAUUAAGAAGCUUAUUGUUACAUGAAGUUCUGUUUUAAAUUUACUUCUAGUUAUUGAAUGUUAUUAUGCUAUGCUAUGCUAUGGUUUUGUCAAAUCAGUUGUCUUAACAAAAAUUCCAACGAAACAUUUAAUACUUUCCAGAUCCAUGUUUCUUAUGUUACAUUUUGUCUACUUGUCUAGUCACAAUAUAACAUAGCUUGCGUCGUGAAUCAAAAUAGUCAUUUAUCAAAAACAUCUUUUGAGCAGUAAAGUUUUCCAAGUUUAAGUUUAUUAUUACUUCCGUAAACCUGUUUUAAGUUUGGUGACUGCAAUUUUAAUAAAACAGUUACUGUAUAGACAUUAUUAAAACAACUCUCUAUAUGUACCUAUCUAUAUUUCUGAAGUAUUUUGUAUAUUUUAUUUUAUUUUUAUGUAGUUUUACUAUGUACAUAUUUUUUAUUAUCAUUUGACUUGUUGUUUUCAACCUUGAUCUUGAGUUCUGCCGGUUAUUUUGGCUUUAGUUCAAACUCAUUUCAUAAUCACUCUUAAAUGUACAGACUCAAAUAGUCAUUUGGCAUUCGCUCAGAGUUGCUUCUAGAGAGGACAAAUAUACUCGGUGGAAUUAUUCGCCAAACUCAAUUAGGUUUUGUACACGAAUGUCGUUUAAAGCUAUCUUUAACACUAAUGAUUCAUUUUGUUGCUUGCAAACAAGACAUUUAAAUUUACUUUUGUUUUUAAUAAGUUUCAUGUAAAGAUCCUCAGAGAUAGCUAGCUCUUUAAAUUUGACCAAAUCUCCAAUAUGUUAGCAAUGUAUUUGUUGUAUAAUUAUGAGUUUGAAAGAUUAUUUACAUUCAAGCUUUAUGUGAUAUAUUGUCUGAAUUGUGUAUACUUAUUCUACUUAAAUUAUUCUUUAAACAGUGUUGUCAUUUUCAAAGUUAAACAAUCGGUAGAAGUAAAUCUGUUAUUUCCUUACCAACUUUAGUACUUUUCUUAAUCUCUUGUUGUGAUAAUUGUCUUACAAUCCUGACUGUAUUCGUCACAAAAUCCUAUUCGGUUACAAAAUAAGUAUUAAUUAGUAUAAAUAGUCACUGUAUAAGUACAUCGCACCUUAAUAGUUAUACAAUAUCAGUAGUUAAUUAAGUUCGGCUACGUAUAGUUGUAGCAAACCUUAAGUUAAAUAGUUUUUGACUUGAGCUGUACCUAACUUAUUUCGUUAUUAAAUGUAGGUAUGAUUGCUAAUUUUUUAAUCAUAUUUAAAAUUCGACUUCGUUAUAUUUUAUCUCUGUUUUAAUGGUUCCUAAAGAUGUUACAAAUACUAUAAAUUCAUUUUACUUUACAAAAUCUAUUUUGUGGUUUUAAAAAACAGCUCAUGAUUGCUAGCGUAACCUAUAUAUAUAUAACAAUUAUAGCAGAGGAUUUGUUGUCUGUGAUUUUAAAGUCUAAUACUUUCAUGACAAAAUUAUUUGUUUUAUAUUUUAAUUAAAUGUUUUUU